GCUACGAGUUCAUGGCCUCGCCGCCAUCCUCUCCCUGUGUGUCUACACUACAUUGCAGUCCUCAUAAUUACAUUAUGGUACCCCUCUCUAUUUAAGAGAGUUGCCGGUUACAGAGCCAGAGUCCGACUUUAACUCUACCCCUACCAUCUAUUAUAACUCUAAGUCCAACUAUAACCAUAUACACCUAUUCUAACAUAAUCGAUUUGAUUUAAACAUGCGCUUGUUUCAUCCAAUAAAAGAAGUGUCUUUGUUGCUAGAUUAGAUUUGACAAACAAAAUAGCACAAUUGCAUCCUCUUUUUGUCAAUUCUUGCAGUGGCAGACAUGUUGACUUCAUCGGCUGCCCGUACGUCCUCACGGAGCGUGUGGGAGGGCAUCACCGGGACGCACGACUUCGAGGUGGUCGGCUACUCGUUGAUGGACGGCUUCGGCGCCGGAAGGCACGUCUGCUCCGGCGACUUCAGCGUCGCCGGCCAUGACUGGUAUGUCGCGUUCUACCCCGAUGGCCUCGACCAGGAUUCCGCCGGCUACGCGUCGGCCUGCCUCGCCUACCGCGGCAAGGAGAGGCUCGUGAGAGCCAAGUACAGCCUGAGCUUGGUGGCCAGGGACGGCAGGGCGUCGCCGCUCGCCGGCGACACGCUGCGGUCGCACUACUUCACGCCGACGAGCCGCAGCGCCGACGUCCUCAAGUUCGUCGAGAAAUCCAACCUGUCGUCGUCGCCGUCGUCGUCGUCGUACUCGUGCCUCGACGACGACACCCUGACCAUACGGUGCGUGGUCACCGUGGUCACCGGCCCGCGCGUGGUGAGCGUCGCGCCGGCCAAGGAGAGGGGCCCCCGCGUCACGGUGCCGCCGCCGAGCCUCCACGAGCACCUGGCGCGGAUGCUGCGCGACGGGCGGGGCUCGGACGUGGCGUUCCGCGUGGGCGGCAGGGUGCUCCGCGCGCACCGGUGCGUGCUCGCCGCGCGGUCGCCGGUGUUCGACGCGGAGCUCCUGGGCCCGAUGAUGGAGACCACCGCUCCGUGCAUCGAGAUCCACGGCGUCGAGCCCGCCGCCUUCGAGGCGCUCCUCCGCUUCGUCUACACGGACAGCUGGCCGCUCGCCGGCGUCGACGUCGCGGCGACGGUGCGCCUGCUCUCCGCGGCGGACAGGUACGGGCUGGAGAGGCUGCGGCUGAUGUGCGAGGAGAAGCUGCACGAGGGCAUCGACGUGGACAACGCCGCCGACGUCCUCGCCAUGGCGGAGCUCCACCAUUGCUCGCAGCUCAGAGACGCCUGCGUCGCGUUCAUUGCCUCGCCGAGCACGCUGGGUCCCGUCCUGGCGUCGAGCGGCUUCGAGGAUCUCAUCAUGGCGACCGGCGCUUCGGUGACCAAGGAGAUUUUGCACAAGGUGUCCGAAUCGUGGAGCGGUCCUGGUAACAGAAAUAAUUCAAGCAAAAGAAAGUGAGAAAAAUGGCAAUUAUAUUGAAUACGACUGAACUACUCUAUUCGUUAGUAUUUUUAGUUUCCCCAGCAAAGAUUAUCGAGGGUACACUUUUCAAACUACUUCUUCUUAAAAAAAACCAAUCUAAGUGAUUCAUUAUCCUAGU